AUGGUUAAUGUUUUGGUGAAAGAAGUAGAAACACGGUUUGGAUCCAUUGAAUUAAUAGCAUUAUAUGCAGAAGCCACAAUAUUGGACCCAAGGUUCAAAAGUUAUGGAUUUUUACAUCAACAUGCAUACAAUGAAGGUAAAAAGUCAUUGAUUAGUAAAGCCACAACAAUAAGAAUUGCAAAUAGUACAAAUAAAAUAAAUACAUUGCCAAAUGAGAAUUGUAGUGAUUCAAUAUGGAAUGAUUUUGACUCAGAAGUAAAUACAUUGGUCCAAUCUUCAAAUCCUACUUCGGCAUUCAUUGUGGAACUGGAUAAAUAUCUGCAAGAACCACUAUUACCAAGAAAUGAAGAUGUUUUAGUUUGGUGGAAACAAUAUCAAUAUGUAUAUCCUAGGCUUUUCCAAAUUGUAAAAAAAAGAUUUUGUAUUAUGGGUACAUCAGUUCCAUGCGAGCGUAUAUUCUUCAAAGCUGGACAAACAAUAACAAAAAAAGAAGUAGAAUAUCAAGUACAAAGUUUGAGAAAAUUAUCUUUUUAA